UUCCUUUUUCUUUUCUUAUUCCCUGCGGCCGAGUCAUAGGUUGAGUCACCCGCUGCAAAUCCAACUCGUGCAUUUGAAGAAAGAAAAAAAAAAAGGGUUGGUUUUUGGUUUUGGUUUGGUUAACUCCUUCCACUUCCACCCAUGGUCUCCGAAUCCGAACUCAUCGGCCGCCUCCGCGAGUUCCUCCGGAGCUCCGACCUCAACACCACCACCACCGCCACCGUCCGCCGCCAGUUGGAGGCCGAUUUCGGAAUCGACUUAUCCGACCGCAAGGCAUUCAUUAGGGAACAGGUCGACUUGUUCCUCCAGACUGAGCACAACCAAUCACAACAAGAAGAAGAAGAAAAGGAAGAAAAACACCAAAACGACCACGUAGAGGAACAAGAAGAGGAUGCGCCUAAUAAUCCCGAACAAAGCCAACCCUCCGAUUCCAAGGAAGUAACCGAUGAAGACGAAGAAGAAGAAGACGAAGAAGAGGAAGAAGAUAAACCUAAACACGCCAAAAAGGCCAAGAAGAAUAAAGGACGAUCGAACACGUUAGGUGAUGAGGUAGUAAAGAAAAGAGGUGGUGGUUUUUGCAAAUUAUGUAGCCUGUCUCCACAACUUCAGGAAUUCAUGGGAGCUCCAGAAAUGGCCAGAACUGAGGUUGUUAAGCAAUUAUGGGCCUAUAUUAGGGAGAAAAAUUUGCAAGACCCGAACAACAGACGGAAUAUAAUUUGCGAUGAGCGAUUGCGUUCCCUUUUUAAUGUCAAUUCCAUCAACAUGUUCCAAAUGAAUAAAGCAUUGUCAAAGCAUAUCUGGCCAUUGGAUUCAGAUGAUGUUGUUCAGGUGAAGUCCACACCAAAGGAAAAGCAGAAGAAGCAAGAGAGAGAUGAUGAUUCAGAUGAACCAAAAAAAAAGGAAAAACGGCAGAAGGGAGGAGGGAAAUCAGGUUUUCUUGCUCCUCUUCAGCUAUCCGAUGCCCUUGUAAACUUCCUUGGUACUGGAGAGAGCGAGUUAGCGAGAACUGAUGUCAUAAAAAGAAUGUGGGAUUACAUUAAAGGAAACAACCUUCAGGAUCCUUCUGACAAGAGGAAAAUAAUAUGUGACGAGAAGCUGAAAGAACUCUUUGAUGUCGACACCUUCACUGGCUUCACUGUUACAAAACUGCUGGCUCCUCAUUUUAUAAAGACAGAGCAGUGAGUUGCUUGUACAUUGUUAUUCGGUCAAGCAUGGGAAGGUUGGGGAAUUUUGUUUAUCAAGUUAGUUUUUUAAGGUUCUUUUUGUGUCCUGUUGGCAAUAGAAAUUAGCAAAAUGACACAUUUUCAGUAAAUUUUUCUCGAAGAUUUUUUAUGUUAUGUGACCUUUUAUUUUGUUUUAAAUUAUCCUGUUUUGCCACUUGGCAGUUGAAAAUUUUGUAUAUUUGGUUCCUGAAGCUGCAAGCACAAUAUUGACUUCAUAUUCUACUCUGCUGUCAUUUGGCAAAAUAGGAGAAUACUGAUAUUGUAUGAAGAAACCAUGUAUUUUACUUUUGACUCAAAGUUUUAACAUGUUUUACUA